CCUAAAUGAGUUUUUUUCCCGUGAUGCUCCGCGUGGACGAGCAGCAAGAUGGCAGACGAUCUGGAUGAAUUUAAGAAGGAAACUGGAUGCGUCCCGAUCCUCCAUCCCGAGGAAAUUAAACCCCAGAGUCAGUAUAAUCAUGACUACAGCGAGAGCGUCAGCCGCAAGAGCCAUGUGGACGACUACAGCACUUGGGACAUCGUCAAAGCCACCCAGUAUGGGAUAUUCGAGCGAUGCCGUGAGCUGGUGGAGGCCGGAUAUGACGUGCGUCAGCCGGAUAAAGAAAAUGUCACACUCCUUCACUGGGCGGCAAUCAACAACCGCAUAGACCUGGUCAAGUACUACAUAUCUAAAGGUGCUAUAGUGGACCAGCUGGGAGGAGACCUCAACUCUACACCACUGCAUUGGGCUACAAGGUGUGUGUUUGAAACGCAGUACCACCUAGUAUGUGCUGUAUACUGCUUGCGGUUUAGUGAAUUGGUAUGAAGAAAUGUGGUUUCA